CAAAGACAGAAGUUUAAAUGUUGAGUUAAUAACGGUUUCAGAUUGAGAGAAAAGUUUAAAUUUUAAUUUAAUAAUCGCUAUGUCUGAAAGUGUUACUUUUUCUUGUGCUAGGCGUCAAGAAUAUCAAGCGGCGGAACUGUUGCAAACAUCAAAAAUAGUCUUAAGCAAUUUUGAAGACUGUUCCAGCGCUGGAAUUGAAAAACUUGCCAAUGUGGAGAAGCUUUGUUUGAAAUAUAUUAACAUUCGAUCUCAGGUUGCAGGUUUGUCAACUGAUUUGAUAGACACCAUUGAUCAUGGUAAAAGUCUGCUUUUUAUUGAUAUUGACCAAAUUGAAAAACGUUUGUGUUCUAAGAACUUCAAAAUCGAUGAUUUAAAUAGGUUAUUGGAAACACAAUCUAAAGACCUGAUGGAAAAGACAGAAUAUAGUUCAAAGAUGGAAUUGCAAUUGGAAAGCCUUAGUAAAAAGCAAAAACGAUUUGAUUUGCAAAAGUGUAUGGUUUUGGCCUACAAGCUGAUUACAAAUACGAACUUUGUGUAUAACAGUUCAAGUGUUGCUGGCUUAAUGGAUUGUGGCCAAUUGAAGACCUUCAAAUUCUCUACAACCAAAAUGACGCAAGAGGAAAUUACAGAGAUAUUAUGGAAGAUGUUAUGUGAUGGCAAGUGAUUAAAAUUAUCUUUAUUGUGUGUGGAACAACUGUAAUAUUCAUGUAGCAAGUUGAAAAGUACAAAAUGAAUGACGAAUUAAGAUGAAUUGUUUAUGGUCAAAUGCUAAUUAGCAAAACUUAAAAUCCUACAUUACACGUAAUAAGACUGAAUUAAUCCACAGCAAACUGCUAAGGUAAAGGAUAUACAAAAUAACACGAGGGUAAGGGAUCCCAACACAACUCCGUGCCCAAAAAUGAUGUAGAUUAUUGAAAGAAGUCCUAAAAGAAAGCACAAAUGUGGGAAUUACAAGAAACUCUUUGUUCUUACCUUUUG